AUGUAUAAAGGAGUAGAUCGAGUCAAGAAGGUUCGCCUUCAAAAAUUGAGCGAUGAUUAUGAAUCACUGCAUAUGAAGGAGUCUGAAUCGGUAUCAGAUUAUACUUCAAGAUUGCUAGGAGUAGUAAAUGAAAUGAAAAGAUAUGGUGAGACAAUAAGUGAUGAGCAAGUAGUAGAAAAGAUACUUCGCUCAUUGGAUGAAAAAUUAAAUUUCAUCGUUGUAGCUAUUGAAGAAUCAAAGGAUUUGAGUACAAUGUCUAUUGAUCAACUUAUGGGUUCUUUACAAGUCCACGAAGAGAAGCUUCUUAAGAAGAACAAGCAGACAACUAAGCAACUUCUUCAGUCAAAUUUGAAUUUAAAAGACAAGAAAAAUAACCUAGAAAAAGUUCUUAUUGUGACUAGUGAUUCCUUUGCAUUGCAUGAAGGUAGAUGGACUUCUCUGCUUGAUAUUCUUGAUCUUUUGUUGAGACAUUUCGAAUUAUUGAAGAAACUUAAGGUCCUUGAUUUGGGAACAAAUUGA